UUGGAAAUUCAGAAAAUUCCUUUGGGACUUGUCAAAAAAACCGGCGUCCUCGUGUUUGGAGUAAAACGCCGUACAUUUACCGUUCUAGUUGAAAUUGUACCAUUUCGAACCAAAACAAUAGGUUUUGAAGAUGACCGUGUUUAUUAUUGGUUUAAACGCGUUUUACCAUUGCUGAAAAAAAACACCUGCAGUUCACCAAAAUUCAGUGAUUUUGUUAGUCCGUUUCGUCUUUUGAUUUAACCGAAAUGUCGUCGCCUACACCGAAAUCCAAUCAGCUGAUCAAAUACACUGGGAACGAGACAGAAUACUCUGCACAAAUUGUAGGUCAAAAUGUGACAGUUAUUUGCAAGCCGGGAGUGCACACUCUGGGCAGCUCCAAAGUCAAGUUGAUAAACAAGAUAGAUUACAAUUGGGAGUUUCGAUACUACCAUGGGCAUCUAAUUGCAGCCCACAUUAAUGGCAAAGUCUUUGCCUAUGCAAUGAAAGGAAAGGAUGGAGGAAUGAUUCGAGUUUGUAAUCUUGAGACUGAUGUAAGAGCGCUUAUUAAAAACCUAAAGGAUGAUGUUAGGGACAUAUCUUUUGCUGUAUCAAAGCAGGAGAUUAUUUUAGGCUGUGUAGAUUCAGAGGGCAAUGUUCUAAUUUACCAAAUACAUGAUCAACCUAGUGAAAUUAAAUAUGAGCUAUUACUGCACAUAUACCUUGGCAAUAUAAAUGUGACAAGAUCACACAUAAACUACAGGAUAAUUUGGUGUCCUUAUGUUUCAAACUUUGAUGAGGAGGACACAGGAGAAGAUCCUGAGCGCAUGUUUGUUGUAUUAAAUGGCCCAAAGGCUGAAGUUUACAAUGUUGACAUAAUGAACAGCAAACAUGGUGUUGGUCCAUUUCAAACAGAUGAUUCCUAUGAAGGCUACAUUGGAAUUGACCACAAUGAUGACCUUGUUGAUGCUUCUUUUUCCACUGAUGGAACUGCUAUUGCUAUUGCCUCUGUUGAUGGCUUUGUUAAAUUUUUCCAGUUGUAUAUGGGUGAUGAAGAGAAGGAGAAGUGUUUGCAUCAAUGGAAACCUCAUGAAGGUAGACCUUUGUCUUCUAUUAUAUUCAUUGAUAAUGUUUUAGAGUACAGCUCAGAGUGCUGGAAGUUUAUGAUAACAGGAGCCCACAACAACUCAGAGAUCAAAAUUUGGUCCUGUGAAACUUGGUCAUGCCUUCAGAUGAUCACCUUCAAGUCUGAUCCAACAUCCCCAAUUCCAACCUUGUAUUUUAACAUGUCAAUUGAUUACACAAGUCGAUAUUUGGUUGUUUCAGACAUAAACAAUAGGGUGUUGUACAUCAUACAACUGGAGAGGAUCGACAACGAACAGACGGUACGCGUGUCCACUCUGUCCCAGUUUCAGCUGCCCGCCGCCUUCCUCAGUUUCCACAUACUCGACGCUUGUUCCAAGAAGCUGCCCUAUUCGUUCGAGGACAGUGCGGAGGACAUUUACUCGGUAGGCGGUGGCGACGACGACGACGACGUGGAGACCCUCAUCGAGGCCAACUAUCUCCAAAUGUUGGUUGUGCAGCCUAAAAAGUUCCAAGAGUGCAAGGUGAUCUAUUCACCGGAGCUUUUAAUUUACAAAACCAAAUGUGAUAUCAUCGGACAAGACGAAGCCGGCGAUCAAAAUGUACCGAAACUAGACGAUCUCCAGAACUCAGUUUCGUUGCUGAUCCAACAGCAAAGCGGCAAAAAUGGUCAGAUGAAUCUGAUGACGCCGGAAGAUUUCCGGGAUCCCAACGAGUUGAGACCGUCCAGUGUGAGGAACUCUUUGACUGGCGACGGCCAGAACUCGAACGAGGGCACUGUCGAUAACCUCAUAGAUUUUAAAUUGCUGCAGAAGGAUAAUUUUGCUAGCGGUGGUUCGAGUCCUAGCCGGGAGGUACAGGAGAUCCUGUCGCUGAACAACUCGACCUAUUCGACCCAAGACUUCUUCGACAACCUGUCGAAGCUGUCGGUGAGUGCCCAGGAUGCGGCGGAGGAGGACGACGACACGAUAACUGCACCCCAAAAACCCCAGGAGUACAAUGGCGUGGCGUCGACCGUGUCGACGAACGAGGUCAACGACAGAGCUGCCAACGAGGACCUGGACGUCGCUUCGUUGUUGACCAACAACACGUCCUCGUCCUCGACGGACAUGGUGUGGCCGAAGCUUCCUAUUGUAGACAAUUCUGAAAUGGUCAAGGAGGGCGAGAUUGUCAUUGGUGAACGGGCGGAGGAGGCGGCCGCCCAGCCGACCACCGACGACGUCAACAAUAGCAAUCUUCAGUCGAUCAACUUCAGAAUUAGCUCGUUGGAGAACACGAUUCGCGAACAAAGCAUCCAGCUGCAAAAGCUGUCGUCCGAGAUGCGAGAGAGGGAGAAGGAAUCCAGGGAGUGGCACCUCAAGGAACUCGAGCUGUUGGUGUCCAAGCAGAACCUCCAGCUGGCCAAGGUGGCGGAGAACGUGGCCAGCGUGGCGGCCUCACGAAAGUCGGACGCAGGUGCCCAACAGGAACACCGACUUGCUUUGGCUGUGUCUGAGGUGGUGGAGCGUCGCGUCGGCGACCGCAUGAGGGAGACCGUUGCGGCCGAAGUCACGACCAGGAUAGCCCCGCAGCUGUUGCAAAUGAUGGAUCAAUACAGGAAGCAAAUCGAUGUUUUGUUCGCCCAGAGGAUGGCCAGCGCCGACGUGGCCCUCAAGGACAGCAUUUCAAAAGCCAUCAACAACACGACCCUCGCCGAAUCUCUGAGCUUGUCCGUGGCCAAGAUAGUGGCGCCCAGCCUGGAGAAGUGUUACAGGGACAUCGUGUACUCAUCACUCGUGCCUUCGUGGGAAAAGGUGUGCAGCCAAAUGUUCCAGCAGAUCAACGAAACGUUCUCGCAGGGCACCAAGGAGUACACCGCCUGCGUGGAGAACUACAUGGACAGGCAGAGGCGCGUCCAGGAGAAGGGUAAAGACAUGAUGGCGCAGAUGCACAACGUCUCUGAGAACAUGAAGUCUAACGCUGACCGGCUCGCAGCCACCAUCACCGCCGAGUUCCAGAAGCAGUUCAACUCGUCGUUUAAAAACAUGCAAGAUCGACUGACCUCCAACCUGAGGGAGACGGUGAGUGCGGAAGUGAAGCAGGCGUUCAAGAACCACGCGUCGGUUUUGGAGGACAGUGUGAUCAACGCCGUGCGGUCCAGGGCUGUCACCCCGUCACCCCACUUCGACACACAAGCGACGUUGCAGCAAAUUCAACAGUAUUUAACCCGGGGCAACUACGACGAGGCGUUCCAACUGGCACUUGGGGCUGAAAACCUGUCAUUUGUGAUCUACGCUUGCGAAAAAACUGACAUUAAUACUCUUUUCGGUGACGAGUGCUUGCUGAAGCCGAGUUGUCUAUUGGCUUUGAUUCAGCAGCUCAGCAUGGACCUCAUUCACUACACUGAGCUCAAAUUCAGUUAUAUUCAAGCUGCGUUGUUGGCCCUCUCGACUGAAAACUCCAGCACAAAGCAGUUCAUUCCAAAAGUGAUUAAAGAUCUGCUGAAGCAGCUGCACAUAUUUUUGAACACCAGCACUUCCGCCAAACACAUAAAGGAGGCUAAACUUUUGAAGAUGGUGGCUGAAAGUUUCUUGAAGUAAUUUGCCUAUAUCAUUUGCGUUUUGCUGUAAUGACUAUUAUUAUUAUUUAAGUCGAUAUAUUUUUAUAUUAUUUUAUUCCAGUGUAAUAUAUAUGUUUAGGUUAUUUGAAUUUUGUUUUGUGUUAUAAAUUGCUGCAAACAGCAAUUUUUGUUAAUCUAAGAAAUGACGAUUUUUAACAAUUGAAUAAAUUGUAUAUAUCA